AUGCAGGUCAAGGUGAUUACUGGCGGGAAUCGAGUCAAGGACUAUGGCUACAUCGACGUGCCGGGCACCACCUCAACGGUCGCUGACUUGAAGCGCGCGUUCGAGAAGCACGCCGGCGUGUCGGUCGCUCGUCAGAGUCUCAAGUUGCAACAAGAUGCAGCUGGUAAGACGCUCGUGGCGUUGUCGGACGACGCUAAGUUGCUCCAAGACGUCGGCGUCACAGAUGGCGCAACAUUAGUGUUUCGUGAUUUGGGGCCUCAAAUUGGGUACCGCACGGUUUUUGUGCUGGAGUAUUUAGGACCAUUCCUAAUAGUGCUCGGGUACGCUGCUCGACCUGCUCUGAUUUACGGCCCAGAAGCAGCUCAAAAACCAUGGCACGUGGCCGCUCUAUUAGGAGUUGUCGCCUGGACUCUCCACUUUAUCAAGCGUGAGUCGGAGACGCUGUUUGUCCACCGGUUUAGUCGCCCGACAAUGCCAUUGCGCAACUUGUUCAAGAACUGCAGUUACUACUGGACUUUUGCGGCUGUCGUGGGCUUUCCAUUGUGUCAUCCAGAGUACACGGGACCGACGUCUCCAGUGCAGAUCGGGGCUGGCCUCGUGCUCAUGGGGAUCUCGGAGCUCCUGAACUUGUGCAUCCACGUGCAACUGCGGAAUUUGCGUCCGGCUGAAGGGUCCAAAGCUCGUCCCAUUCCAAAGGGACCGUUGUUUGCUUUGGUGUCGUGUCCCAAUUACACAUUUGAAGUGCUUGGCUGGGUCGGGUUCUCCUUGUUUACGCAAAUAGCAGCAAGCUACGUGUUUACGGCCGUGGGGUUGUUGCAAAUGGCGGAUUGGGCGUUGAAGAAACACGGCGGGUACUUGAAGAGCUACGGAGACGAGUACAAGAAGCUGCGCCGCAAAGCGAUUGUUCCGUUUGUUCUCUAA